AUGUCUGAGAAAGUGUCGGUUGGACAAGCAGAAACGUGUGAUGUUGAAGACGGUUAUUCAAAAUUAUCAACUGAGCUGAACAACACACAACGGGUUCAUACGAUGUUCCGAGAUAUAUUUUGUCGGUCAUCGAGAAAUAAAGUUUCACACAUAAAUAAAGAAAUGACGACGUUGUCAACUGUUCUAAUCGAAUCAGUUCAACCGCCAAUCAUACGGCCAAAUGCCAUAAAUGAUGUGCACGUAGCUUCUGACAACUCAUAUUCAAUUGUUCGAAUUGCUGAAACUGGAAAUGUUCAGGAAUUUGAAAGUCUCGUUCAAAAUGAUCCAUCUAAAUUAACCCAUUUUAGUUCUGCAGGUUUGUGUGCAGCUCAUAGUGCUGCUGCUCAUAACCAAGUCGCCAUUUUACUAGUAAUCGUUCAAUACGAUGGAGAUUUGAAUAUCGAAGAUCGAAAUGGAUGGACGCCACUGCAUUACGCUGUACGACAUAAUGCCUUAAAUGCUAUUGAAUUUCUUUUGGAUAAUGGAGCUGAUGAUAGUCGAUUGAACCAACAGCAAGACGCUCCUAUUCAUCUAGCUGUCAUUCAUAAUCAAUCAGAAGCACUUAAACUUCUCCUGUCCAGACAUCCUCAAAAUGUGAAUCUUCCCGGUGAAAGGAAAAAGACGCCACUACAUUAUGCUGCUAUUAAUGAUAAUAUUGAAGCAGCAAGAAUACUUACUGAUAAUCAUGCUCGUUUGUGUUUGCGUAACGAUGUUGGCACCUAUCCAAUUCAUGAAGCAGCACUAAAUAGUAGCAACCGCGUAUUUCAUCACUUGUGUGAAAUCGCUAAGGUCAAUAGUUAUGGAAUCGUUAAUCUAUUGAAUUAUUGCGAUGCUGAAAAUCAUCGACCAUUACACUCAUCUGUUUUAGGUGGCAAUAUCGAAGCUGUACAAAUUUGUUUGGAGAAAGGAAGUAAAAUCGAUGAUCAACAAGAUGACUUCUCCACGCCAGUUCACCUAGCAGCUUCGCAGGGUUCAAUAGAGCUCUUAGAUCUCAUGUUCAGUUGGCAAUCUCAUCUCAAGAGGAGAGUCGUUUCUAUGACCGAUGUUCAAGGAAUGACGCCAUUGCAUAAAGCGUCUAUGGGUGAUCACGUCGAUGUCAUACAAUAUCUUCUUGAUGCGGGGUCUGAUAUCGAUGCUCGAGACGUUUCAAAACGAACACCACUCAUUCUUGCUGCUCUCAACUCUUCUGUCCAUGCUGUUUGUUUUCUCCUUUCUAAAAAUGCAUCCUUGUUUUAUCGAGACGAUUCCGAUCGAAACCUUCUUCAUGUCACCAUCAUGCAGAACCUUCCCAUCGACACCAUCGGCACUGCUCUCUUCAAACGUGACAACUAUCGCAUCCUCUUCGAUCAACGUGACACCGACGGAUUCUACCCCAUUCACUAUGCAUCUCGCGAUGGACUCGUCAAUGUUCUCACCGUUCUCAUCAAACAAGGAGCAGAAAUCAAUAAGAAAACAAAUCAGCGACAAUCAUCAUUGCACCUUGCUGCUCAGUAUGGAAGGUACAACACAUGCCGACAACUACUCGACACUUCAGGUUUCAAGCGCAUUCUCAACGAACCCGAUCAACAUGGUCAAACUCCACUUCAUCUCUGCUGUCAGAAUGGUCACACACGAGUCGUUCAGCUUCUACUGCACAAAGGUGCACAGUUCACCAAGAGCUUUGAUGGCGACACUCCACUUCACGAAGCAGCAUCACACGGUCAUGUUUCGACAAUGCAUACCAUUCUCCAAGCACAUACACACCUGAUCAACUCUGUAAAUCGUCUCGGAAUGACACCGCUGCACUGUGCAGCUGCAGCUGGUCAUGUCGAGUGUGUUGAUCUGUUACUGUCGAAAGCAGCAGAGUUUGUGACAAAUGCAGAUGGUGAGACAUUCUUUGACUUGGCCAUCAUGAAAAGACACAAGGAUGUUUGUCUUGCAAUCAUUGGUCAUAAGCGAUGGAACGAGGCACUGGACCUGACGAGUGUGAAGUAUCGAACGCCACUACUUGGUCUGAUUGAACAUUUGCCAGAGUGCGUGCCAGUUAUAUUUGAUCGAUGUAUAACGCGCACCUGUGAUAAUCAAAAAGAUAAAGAUUUUCAUUUAAUUUACGACUUCCAUUAUAUCAACUGGACGGAUGUAACUGAGGUCGAUGGAAAGUUUCGUCGGUGUCCAAUGCUACCACUCAAUAUGAUGGUCAAGUUUGGCCGAACGAAUCAUCUCAGCCAUCCACUUUGUGAAACGCUUCUCCGACAAAAGUGGCUCACCUAUGGCUUUCCCAUCUACAUGCUCAACCUUUGCUUCUAUCUUCUCUUUCUCAUCUCACUCUCCUACUUCGUCAUCACUUUUCCUGCAUGCAAUCAUCAUGAUUCCACUCUCACUCUCACGCUCACCAAAACACCACUUCAUACUUGUCCUAACCAGCAUUUCGUUUCGUUCAGACAGUCGGCGACUUUACCACACAUGUUCUGUAUUUGGUACAUCAUCUUGUACUGUUUCUUGAACUUCGUUCUCGAGACAGUUCAGUUUGCUCAAGAGGGUUGGGAAUAUUUCAGUGAUAUGGAGAACUACAUCCAGUGGUCACUGUACAUCAGUGUGUGUGUGUUCGCAUUUCCAUUUUUGUUCGAUCAAUCAUGGCAUUAUCAGUGGGUAGCAGGAUCGAUUGGUAUCUUGAAUGCUUACUUAGGUUUGUUAUUUCUGUUGGGUCGAUUCGAUAUCUAUGGAAUCUAUGUGAUAAUGUUUCUGGAGAUUUUCAAGACGCUGUUGCAUGUGUUAUCACUGUUUUCAGUUUUGAUCGUGGGAUUUGCAUUAACUUUCUGCGUGAUUCGACCAUUCAAUGAACAAUUGAAUCCAUCGAAUCCUCAACAUCUGUUUAUAAUUAUACUAAAGUCAGUGACAAUGAUGUUGGGUGAAAUUGGUUUUGAUCCAAGUUAUUCCGAAAACGUUAAUGAACAACAUUUUUCUCUCACUAAUCUAUUAAUGCUUCUGCUGUUCGCUAUUAUCAUGCCUAUUCUUUUAAUGAACCUGCUGGUUGGUCUAGCCAUUGGUGAUUUGAUGCAAAUUCAACAAAAUGCACAUUUGAAACGUCUCGCCAUGCAGGUCCAACUUCAUACGAAUUUAGAGAGAAAAUUGCCGAGUAAACUCGUUCAACGAUGGAUAAAGGACAAGUUCGUUAUUUAUAUCAAUAGAGGUUUCUGCAAUCGCAUCACAUCAAUCAUAAAACGAUGGAUCGCUCAACCGAUUGACACGAAAGAUGUCUUGGAUGCGAACAGAGAUUCUUCAUCAGAGAAUGAAUUAUUCGUUGAACUGUACAAACAAAAAACCAGGCAAAAGGACAUGCAGCGACAAUUGGACAAGAUAACUACUCUACUUCGAUUAAUUGUACAAAAAAUGGAGAUUAAUACUGAAAUUGAACUUGACGAUCGAUCGAAAUGUGAUCAACCAAAAGAAUGCAUGAAUAUUCAAAAACUUCGACAGGCCAUCAAUGUCAAAAAUCGAUUUUCGCGUCUACGUUCUUUCGCAGACACUCACAAUUAA